UUGCCAAGGCAAACGCUCAACAUUUCAGAGCCAUGAGAAUGCUUCUGCAUUUGAGUUUGCUGGCUCUUGGAGCUGUCUACGUUUGUGUCAUUGCUGUAGAAAGUCCCAUGAAUAGACUGGUGGCAGAGACCUUGACACUGCUCUCCACUCAUCAAACUCUGCUGAUAGGUGACGGGAACUUGAUGAUUCCUACUCCCGAACAUACAAAUCACCAACUAUGCAUUAAAGAAGUCUUUCAUGGAAUAGACACAUUGAAGAAUCAAACUGCACAAGGGGAUGCCGUGGAAAAACUAUUCCAAAACUUGUUUUUAAUAAAAGAAUACAUAAUAGACCUCCAAAGAAAGAAGUGUGGAGGAGAAAGAUGGAGAGUAAAACAAUUCCUAGACUACCUGCAAACUUUUCUGAAGGUGAUAAACACCGAGUGGACAAUGGAAAGUUGAGACCAACCUGUCUCACUGUAGCGAGAGAUUCUGGAGGAGGAGAAGGAUGUUUUACUGCAACAAGGAUGAGGGCCAACCAAGGGUGGGGCCUUAAUAUUCAGUGUAAUGAAACUUCAGAGGCAAAG